AUGGACAACAUCGACGACGAGUAUGAUCGGCUUACAGCAUCUUCACGACUGUACGAGGAUAGUGAAGAGUAUUAUUUCACCAAGAGACGCCUGUCUCCGGAAACUCCUGAUCUAAUGCAUCAGAGUUACAAUCACACUAUGGUACUAGUUACUUACCAUCGGCAGUUAUUUCAUCUUCGUUUUGCUGCAGACAACUUGAUUUUCCUUCACAGGAGAUUCUCUCCUGUGAAGGAAAAUCAAGUUGUCUGCAGCAAAACGAAGGGCGUUUAA